AUGGUAUCUGAUAAAGAAACAUCAAAUACUUUAGAUAAUUAUUUUCAACAAGAAAAUGAUGAUAUAUAUGAAAUUUCAUCAAUUACACCAGAAUUGUCAAAUAACAAAAGAAAACAUGCUGUCAGAA